CUUCCGCUUCCUGUGAGCGGCCCCGCUUGCUCAUGCACACACGUGAAGGUCAGGAACCGCGAUCGCUGAGCGCCUGGGCAAGUUAUCCGUCUUGCGUCUGGGACAUGAGCGGGUCAUUACAGUUUAUUUUAAUUCGCAACAGAAGCUAAAAGUGAGGAAUCCGUCGAGUGUGAAAUGGAAGGACAAGGAGUGACGGCGGACCCUCAGCUCCAGCAGUUCAUUGAAGUGGAGUCUCAGAAACAGAGGUUUCAGCAGCUGGUUCACCAGAUGACAGAAGUGUGCUGGGACAAGUGCAUGGAUAAGCCGGGGCCGAAGCUGGACUCCAGAACAGAGACUUGCUUUGUGAACUGUGUAGAGCGCUUCAUCGACACCAGCCAGUUUAUCCUGAACAGACUGGAGCAGACCCAGAGGGGCAAGGUGUCCCUCUCGGAGAGCAUGUCUGACUGAGCCUCGCGGGGGCACGGAGCCGGGCCUGAGCACAGCGCCACAGACAUGGGGGUGCACCCGCGAGGGACUGAUGGGGCAGGCCAGGGGCGCGAAGACAAGUACAAAUGCCCCUGGACUGCCGGCACCCCCUGCCAUGUUGUUUUACCCCAAGGGCUGAUUCUGACACCUCCCUCAUCUCCCUGGGUUCUAGGAGUCAUUAGUGAAAGAUUUCAGUUUCGUAAGACUACGGAGUUGCCUUUAAUUUGAAAUCCCCAAAAUGUUUACUACAUGCAGAGUAAACCUGUUCAAUGUAUGUAAGUGAAAGGUAAAACCACCUCUGGUUAUGGAAAGGUUGUAUUGUGUGCAUGGAUGAAAACGAUGAUGAAAAGUAUGUUAACUGUUGGUGGCUCAGUCCAUUCAAAGCUUUAAAGUGUUUAAAUUGAAUUUUAGUGUGAACAUUCGACAGCGGGAAGCUCUCAAAAUACACCUACAGUGUGACAUUGUUUGCCCUGUUUCCAUUUCAAAUAUAGAAAACUGAAAUCGUA